CCGAAGGGCGGGUGGGCGGCUACGUUCCGUCCCGUCCCUGGGCAAGGUCUGCUUAUCCAGCUGUUGCACCACUCCCGCCCGCCUUCCGUUCUUCCCACGCCGGGGUCUCCAGCUGCUGACCACCGGGCGAGGGGACGGACUGCCGAGCGCUUUGCGAGUCCUGCGGAAACGCCAGCACCCCACUGGAGCGGAAAGGCCGUGGCGGGGCGGAGUGGACGACUGUCAAACGAGCAGCAUGUUGCGGAUGAUCAGAAACCCCCUCUUGGGCACGGCGGAGGCUUGGCCCUGCCGAGUCCCGAGCAAGGGGGAGAAGAAUGAGGUAGCCUAUGAGGAAAGAGUAUAUGAAGGUGGGAAGUUUGCUACUGUUGAACUCACCGGAAUGCCAUUUGAGGAGGCCUUAUGGGAAGCAGUGCUGCAACUUCUCAGAUAUGUUGGAGGAAGCAAUGGUCAGGGAGCUGGCAUGGGGAUGACGGCUCCAGUGUGUACCACUGUAUUUCCUGCAGAUGAUGGGUCAUUGCAGCAUAAAAUGAAAGUUCUGCUCCGGAUUCCAAGCCAGUUCCAGGCCAAUCCUCCUGCACCUACUGAUGGGAGCAUCCAGAUUGAAGAGAGAGAAGAAAUGGCUGUUUACACCACCUCCGGGGUAAACCAGGGAGCCAACUGAGCUCUGCAACGGAGAGGGCGCACCGGGGCGAUCGUGUCAACUGCCCGGGCCAUUUCUGUAUUCCACAGCGUGGCCAGGGUUUCGACAGGACCGUCAAUUCUAUCAGCCGGAAAAUUCCCUAGAGCCAUCAGAAAACCCUCAGGAUUCAUUAGUCUCCGGGGAUGGACCAUCUUAAUUGGUCCUCCACCCUUGCAGAGGGGAGAAGACAAUGUGAGUCUAAACCUUAAUAGGCGGUGA